GCAUGCUACCUGGUCAAACAAUAUGGUGGCCCACAGCAACAGUAGCUCCUGAGAACUCUGUGUUUUGAUGCAAUAUUUGCAACAAUGCAUCGUUUGUUCGCAAUUCUCGCGCUUUUAACAGGUGGGACGUUUGCCUCUGACACUAAAGUCUCACAGGAUGGCAGCAGUCAGAACCAUCUCAUGUGGAUAUGGAACAACAGGUUGUACGUCUACUCUGCUGCUGCACUUGUCUUUGGGGUUUGGUUCUCACUGAAGGUGGCGCUGAAGGAGAAAAGCAUCUCAAAGGGCGUUGGCUCGUCAGUCCGCAAAGCUGCAAAGAGCAGCGACCGCUCGGACACAGACCCACAGGUUCACGUCUCGGUUGUUAAGAUCUUCUACGGUUCACAAACGGGAACAGCAAAGGGUUUUGCUAAUGACCUGUCAGAGGAGGUGAAGGCUGCAGGAAUACCAGCCGAAGUAAUUGACAUGAAAGACUACGACCCAGAUGAUCACCUUGCAGACGAGUGCACCAAUAAGUCCGUCUGUGUGUUUCUCGUGGCCACCUACACGGACGGACAGCCCACAGAGAACUCUGAGUGGUUCUGCAAGUGGCUGGAAGAGGCGUCCACUGACUUCAGAUACGGGAAGACCUACCUCAAAGGCCUCAGAUACGCCGUGUUUGGUCUGGGAAACUCCGUCUACGUCGGCCACUACAAUACGGUGGGUAAAAACGUGGACAAGUGGCUGUGGAUGCUGAGUGGGAUGCGAAUCAUGACCAGAGGGGAGGGCGACGGUAACGUGGUGAAGAGCCGCCACGGCAGCGUCCAGGCGGACUUCCUGGCCUGGAAGGUGAAGUUUCUGAACCGGCUUCAGGCUCUGGCGAAGGGCGAGAAGAAGAGAUGCAGUGGGAACUGUAAGAACGGGGGCUCCUGUAAGAACAAGAAGAAAGACAGAAAGGAGAAAGAAGAAGAGGAGGGGGAGGAUGAGGAGGCUGCUCCUCACAACAACAGCUCUGAGGAGGAUCUGAUGGAAACCAGCAGCGAUGAAGAUGAAUCUGUGCAGCUAGAUGAGAAAAAAUCCGGUUCGGUGGUAGACGUGGAGGAUCUGGGCAACAUCAUGAACAGUGUCAAGAAAGCAAAGAGCAAAGAGGAGACCCAGGGAGACGGACAGAUGGUGAAGCUGUCCAAACUUAACGGAGUGAAGAAGAUUGAAGAUGAAGGGGAGAGAAGAGAGAUGAUCACGCCGGCCCUAAGAGAUUCACUGACCAAGCAAGGAUAUAAACUGAUUGGAAGUCACUCAGGGGUGAAGCUCUGUCGCUGGACUAAGUCGAUGCUACGAGGGAGAGGAGGUUGUUACAAACACACUUUCUAUGGCAUCGAGUCCCACCGGUGUAUGGAGACCACGCCCAGCCUCGCCUGCGCCAACAAGUGUGUCUUCUGCUGGAGACACCACACGAACCCCGUGGGCACAGAGUGGCGCUGGAAGAUGGACCCUGCGGAGACGAUCCUCCAGGAGGCCGUGGAGAAGCACCAGAACAUGAUCCGACAGUUCAGAGGUGUCCCCGGGGUGAAGCCUGAGCGGUAUGAGGAAGGCUUGGCAGUCAAACACUGUGCCCUGUCCUUGGUGGGUGAGCCUAUCAUGUACCCGGAAAUCAACGCCUUCAUCCGCCUCCUCCACUGCCACCGCAUCUCCAGUUUCCUGGUCACCAAUGCACAGUUCCCCCAGGAAAUCAGGAGUCUGGUGCCAGUCACCCAGUUGUAUGUUAGUGUGGACGCCAGCACCAAGGACAGUCUGAAGAAGAUUGACCGACCGCUGUUCAAGGACUUCUGGCCCCGCUUCCUGGACAGCCUCAGGGCUCUUGGAGAGAAGAGACAGAGGACGGUGUACCGACUGACGCUGGUGAAGGCCUGGAACGUGGAGGAGAUGCAGGCCUACUCGGAGCUCAUUGCUCUGGGCCAGCCAGACUUCAUCGAGGUCAAGGGCGUUACGUACUGUGGGGAGAGCUCUGCCAGCAGUCUCACCAUGGCAAAUGUUCCCUGGCACCAGGAGGUGGUCGCCUUCGUCCAGCAGCUGGCCGACAUGUUGCCUCAGUACGAGAUCGCCUGCGAGCACGAGCACUCCAACUGUUUGCUCAUCGCACACACCAAGUUCAAGGUGGACGGCGACUGGUGGACGUGGAUCGACUACGACCGUUUUCAGGAGCUGGUCCAGGCCCAUGAGGAGAGUGGGGGACAGCUGAGCUUCUCGGCCUUGGACUACGUAGCCAAGACUCCCAGCUGGGCUUUGUUUGGAGCCGCGGAGCGAGGUUUCGACCCCGUCGACACGCGCUUCCAGCGACGCAACAAGACCAAAGACAUCUCGGGAUGCUGAUAGAUGAGAGACGGCUGGAGAGGUAGCGUGGAGAGAGAGAUUGCUAAGAAAAUGAUUAAGAGCGAAGGUCUCUGUGUUUUAAUAUCCGUCGUCUUUGAGCUUCAGACUUUUUUUGUUUUUUUAGUGUCCACAACUUCCCUCGUUUCUCUUUGAUUUAAAUCCUGCAUUUUAUUGGUUUCACCCCAAAGAUCAACUUAAAAGAAAACACCUGAAUCCCACUUAUUUCCAUGACAUUCCCCCUUGUUUUAAAUUUAAUGCUCCUCUUCUUCUUUAUACACGUUCAUAGAUCUUUGAUGCGUUGCACUUUUUGAGGGUCGUCAUUAUAAAUGUCAAGGGCUUUGAUUUUUUUUCAUAAUCACCUGGCGCCAGUUGGGAAGAAUUAACAGGGUUGAAGUUGAACCUGGCAGCAGCUCCAUCACCACCUUCUCUUUUGGUCCGAGUGACGCAACCGCACAGCACGAGCCGUGAUUAGCAUGUACGGAACAGCGCCUUUUUUAGUUCCCCUCAUAUCAUCCGGGGGAGCUACACAUCUUUUUUUUUUUUCUCCCCAGACACCUUUUUACCCGGCGGUGAGAGCAGAGCAUGGAGACUGUGACGCUGCUGAGAAAGUCUCUUUAAAGCUCAAUCAUUUGCUCUUUUUCUCUGCUUUGCCUGGUUUCACUGCUCUAAGCCGGGACGGUAGAAAAUAUGCAGCUUUUGACAAGUAGGUUUGUCACAAUCAUACAUUCUAAUACUGUAAACAUAUUGCGGCUGGUUAUAAGUCUCCAGGAACAAUCCUAAAAUAUAAACUAGAAUAAAAUGGGUAAAAAAGAAAGAAUACACGUAAAUGAAAAACACACGCCACAUUCCCACUUUUCUAACAUUCGUCCAACACUGAGAGCUGUCUGGUCUCCAGGAAGAAGACAUCACUUGGUGGUGUCACUCAUGCACUGCACGUCCUCUCGAGUCCAGCUGCCAGAGCAAGACGUUAAAUCCACACGUAGGAAAAAAAAAGAAUCAAUUCCAUUUGUUUUAUUUGAUUGAAUGUGUUUGAUAUAAAUGUUUCAGUCCGUUUGGAUUUGUUUUCUUCUGUCUCUGUUGUUGCACUGCCUCCCCCGUUGGGAGAACAUCAAGCGUGUGGAAGUAUCAACUGUAAUAAAUGUGUUUAGAAUAAUU